ACUCAACAACAUGGACAAGCGGGAAGUCGACCCGCACGCCGACAUCGACGACUGCAACCUCGGACCCGACACUCAGCACGCCGACCGCAACUUGCACAUCCAGGAGUGCGUCACGCCCAGCGACGACUACAGCGACCCCUGCAUGCCCAACCACCACACGCAGCAGGGCUCCGACCUCCCACGCCGCACCGCUGCCGCUGCAG